CACCUUGACGUCGACGAACGUCCUCCGCUCCAAGCAUGUCGCAUUGGAACAUCGGCGCCGACGAUGUAUCAGAAGGAAACACAAAUGUAUCGCAACAAGCUGGCAAGCAAAGAUAGUCAAAUUGCCGCUCAACAGACACAACUAUUAAAGCAAACGAAGGAGUUGGAUGACUUAAGGGCUUCCCUGCAUGAUGCUUUGUACAAACAAAGCGAACAGGUCAAGGAGAAGGAACUGGAGAACAAAGAACUGCUAUCCAACCUCGAUCAUCUUUCACGUCAGUCUGACGGACACGCUGUACGCGCUACGAAGAUGGAGAAGGAGAAAAACACCCUGGAAGCACGGAUGAGGGAGCUGGAAACCCGACUGCAGGAGCUGAGUUCGACACCGGUGUCGCCGCCCACUCGACAACGUUCUCUACACCGUGGUCGGUCAUCUUCGCUUUCGAACCUGAAGAUAUCCAGUUUGGAAAUAGAACUUGCAGAUGCAAAGGCGGCUCUCGCUGAGAAGGAAGGCGAGGUUCGGGUGUUGAGUCAGAAAGUUGGCAAUGAGGCGAUGAAGGUUGAGAAUGAGAAGAUUGCUAUGGAGAGAGCCGUGCAGAAACAAUUGGACGAGAUGCAGGCCCUUCUAGAGGAGAGGGAGGAGGAGUUGGACUUCUUGCGCGGUGGCUCGAGUGGCGGCAGUGAGAGGGAAGAAGACUUACUACGACGGAUUGAAGAGGAUGGCGCUAAGAUUGAGGCUUUGGAACUCCUGUUAGGAGAUGUCGAGGACGUGAAGGUGCUUGCCGAGAAGCUGAAGGUCGCCGAGCAUCGACUUCAGACGGAGAUGCAGAAGGCCUUUGAAUGCACAAGCAGACAAGUGCAACUCGUACAGGAGAAAGAGGAAGCUCUAGAUGAACUAGAAGAGGUGAGAGAGAGGGUGGCAUUCCUUGAACAGACUGUUCAUGUGAGGGAGGCGCAUGUUGAUGCCCUGAAAAGGGAAGUAUCCGACCUUCGAGCCCAAGUUGCAGCGUCGGAAGGAUCUGACCGGCGCUUUUCGAUGUCUACGCAACAAACAGUAGAAGAUAUUGAACGACUGCUUUCGGCUGUUAACCGCCUGCGAAAUGAGCGGGAUGACCUCCGCCGCAAACUUCGUUUCUUGGAAACGGAGAGCAGAUUCACUGCGGAAGCUCUUGAAGCGAAGAGGCACUCCGAAGCUUGGACUGUGGUCGAUUCCUCCAAGCACCGCGAACAAAUAGCACGGGCGAACCUUAGUGUUAGCGCCCUCAGCAUCGUCGUAGGAUAUUUGGCAGAGCAGGAUGAUGUCUGGGCGGUAACUUUCGCCUCCAAGGACGCAGAUAUGCAAGCAGUCCGGGAGAAAUUGAGGAGCAGCGAGAUUGAGCUCGCCAUUGCAACACAGACUCUAGAGGAUAUUUCUCUUCAUCGCGACGAACUGGAGAAGCAAUUCGAAUCUAGCGAAGCAGCAUGGAUGAAGGAGUUGGAGGAAGUGAAGGCUGCGCACGAGGAAACGAAAGAUUCUCUGGAUCGACUCGACGCUCAUCUCACCGAGGUGUCGGCUACUUUCGAAGAGGUGGAAUGCGAACGGGAUUCCCUCGCUGUGCAAGUGGCCAACCUGACGAACGAUCUUGCUACAGCACAAGCCGAUCUCAGCGAGGCAGAAAGACGUUAUAGCUCGCUGCAGUUCCAUCAACUCUCCAAUAUGUCUUCGAAUGAGGCUACUCGCACGCUAAGUGGUCAAAUUGAAGAGCUGGAGAGGCGUGUGAUGCGUCGCACAGAGCAGAUUGGCAUCCAUCAACACGACAUCAAAAGGUUGGAGACAAACAUGCGGCUUCAAGAGGAGCGGAUUGGCGAACUAACGGCAGAGCUGGAGCUGCUCGCGAGUCAGAAGGAUGCCAUGGUUGAAGACUGCGCCGACGCAAGGGAAGCCCGGGAUGAUGCUGUUGCCAAGUUUGAGGCAAUCGAGAUAGAGGUGGAAGCGCUCCGCGAAGAAGCCGUAGCAACGGAAGCUCUGAUAAAGGUGAUCUUUGGGGUGGCAGGGAACGCAAGAUCUACCGUGAAGGCGUCCAUGGAAAGGACGCAACUCGCCGAGAAGGAAGUCGAGCGUCUGGCAGCGGAUCGUCUUCAUGCCAUACAGCAAGCUGAACAGGCUAACGCUUCCUUGCUUGAAGCCCAAGCGACCCUUGCGUCGUCCCAGGAGGCCAUACACCAAACGACCCUUGCACUGGCAAAUUCCCAGACCGAAGUGCAGCGCCUCGCCUCGUCUGGUCAUUCCUUAGAUGAGGCCAAAGCCAACUUCGAAGCUCGUCUACGUGAGCUACAGGAUGGGCUUGCCAAACAUCUUGCCGAGAAGGACGCCCUUGCUAAUGAACUACGCGAUGUUCAAGCCUCUGCUUCCCACGCCGAGAUAACCAGCAGAUCUCAAAUGGCAGAACUGCAGACUCAGGUGCAGUCCGUCGAAGACGCCAUGACUGUUAUGGAGUCUAGUCAUCAAAUCGCGUUGAAAGACCUGCAAAACCAGCUGGUGUUGAAGGACAAGCUUCUCAUGGACACCAAUGUCGAGCACGAGCAACUCGUGAACCUCAAGGUUAAACAUGUGGAGGAGAUGGGACGUCUUCAAUCGCGUCUUGUCCAGCUUACUAGCGAGCUUGAGGAGACCAAGACUCGUCAAGAAGCUGCUGAGGCCGCUCGCGUUGCGUGUGUGGAAGAGCUAACGGAGUCUCGGGCCGAGGUUGAGAAGCAACUCCUCGCAGUAGAGAGUGGGCUCCGAAGGUAUCGAGAGAUCUCUCAUGAAUUGGAGAAGGUCAAAAAGGAUGGGGAUAACGAGAGGAGUCAGCUGAACAAAGAUCUAGAGGCGGCCAAGGAAGAGCUCCGCACCGCCAAGGUGGCCCGAGACGCGCUGGAUGCUCGUUAUCAGACGGAAAUUUCUCAAAGCCAGACAGAAAACGAAGCCCGUCUCCACCAACUUGACCAACAGUUGACUGAGCUCCGUUCGAACCUUGAAGAGCAAAAGCAGAAACACGACUCAACGACUCGCGAAGCUGAGGAACUACGCUCCAAGUUGAUCGUCGAUGCAAGGAAUCAUACUUCCGAGCAAGAAGCUCGUUCUAAGGAGCUGAAGUCCAUCAACGAACGAUAUAGUCAGGCGGAGGAGUUGGUCGAAGAGCUCAAAGAAGAGGUCGCUUCCGUGCGAAAGGAACUUGCGGAUGUUCGAACCCAGGUUGAGAGUCUGCAGACUGAAAACACGAACUAUCAGCAGGAUAACACCGGUUUGGAAGCUGAGAAUCAACGAAGCUUAUCUCUCAUUCGUUAUCUGGAAAGCCAAGUCAAAGAAUUGGAGCAAACCGUCAAGACGCUCGAGACGGACAAUGAAAGAUGUCGGGCCUUGCUCACACGCGCUGAGAAGGCCGCGAGUACCGCGGAAGUCAGUCUUAGCAUGCAAAAUUCGCAUCACAAACGUGAGAUUGCGGAAAUGCAGCGUGAACUAGCAGCUCUCAAGGCAAAACCUAACCUUGACACGGUCAUUGCUGGCCUUGAAGAACGUAACAAUGAGAUGGAAGAGUUGCUCAGAGCCAAGUGUGCAGAGAUUGAAGAGAACGACGAUCGUACGCUCGAUCUGUUGAAAGAAAACAAGAAGCUUACUUCGAAGGUUGAGUCUUUGAGUCGCAAGGUACAAAAUUUGCAGGCCAAAUUGGCUGCAGCAAAGGCAUCGGCGACCAAAGUUGACACCACGGAACCUGCAGUGUCUCAGGCUCCGGCCCAUUCUCGCGUAUCACCUCCCCCCACUCAAUCCUCGUCCAGACCACUUUCAGUUUCACAUAGCGUCGGACCUUCGGCUCUCCCUAGUUCAUCAAGAGUCUCGCCUCCACAAUCCUCCUUCCCUCGCGCUCGUUCCAAUACCGUGUCUACGCCCACCGGCCGUACCUUCUCCGCGUCCUCAUCCUCUUCACAAGUCGUUCCUCCCCCUGUUUCCCGGUCAUUAACCUCUCGAACCCGAGCCGCUGCCCUCUUCGAUUCAGCGAUUCCCUCCCCAGUCAACAUACCUUCCACACCACGCUCUUUGAGCCGUACGGCAUCGGGUCAGUCUUCCCUGCCCCGUCCGAAAACGCCUGAAAGACACGCAGCAUCACGAAUGGAAUCCCAGCCUCUAACGCCUAACAGACGCUUUGAUGUUCCCGACACAGUGACGAACUCGGCAAUCGGCAAGAAGAGAGCAGCUCCCGAUGACUUUGCCGACUGUGAUGCUGUUCCACCUCAAGGUUUCACCGUUGACAGUCUUCCAGGAGAUCGCAUCGAAACGGGAACGCCUCGCCUGCGUAAAGUAAUGAACAGCAUCAAUUCAGGGUUCACACCUGUGCGUCACCAGCUCAGCCGUCCAAUCAUUUCUCUAUCACCGAAACGGUCCCCAAAGCGUAGAGCAAUAGCAAAGCCUUCACCCUUCAUGUCUGACGUGACCAAUAAUCCACACCUUAUUUCGCGGCCAGAUUCUGAGGAUAAGCCUCUUAAAUCGAGCUGGCUAGGGAGGAUUAGAGGUGCAUCUUCUGCACAGACAACUGAGAGAACGGGGCCUUCACACGAACGUUAUUAAUUGGUUUUGUUAUCUCUCAUACGUGUAUUGUUAGCCAUUUGAUUUGUUCAUCUAUUAUCUGCGUGUAUACCAUUAUUCGUAUAAUAUGUAUCCAUUAAUCAUUUCGCUUGUGAAUAGCCAGCACUGCCACCGUCGAAAUUCAGUCGCGU